AUUUCCUCCCACGAUUCUUCCUCAUUCUCUCCGCUCACCCCGCCUUCGCCUGCAAGGCAGCCAGCCAGUCUCCGUUCGCCUCCUCACCCCCAAUCGCUUGUGAGCCAUGCCGCCGUCGAUCACCCUCCCGGUCAAAUGCCGCCCCCACCCCCGCCUCGCUCCGCAGCCACCCGCGGCGGCGCUGGAGCUGCUAGCUGCCCGCGGCGCCCCGGCUGCCGCCGAGUUGCGGGCGGCGUAUACGCGGUGCCGGACCCCGACGUACCUGUCCCUCUCGCUCUCCGCCGACCCCGCGAAGCCCCGAGGGAUGGCCCUGUCCCUCUCGCGCUCUGCUGACUCCGCGGAGCCCCGAGCGCCGUGCCGCGGCUCCCCGUCCGCACGGCGGGCACGCGCCGCCGUGGCGGCCGGGGGAGAUGAAGGCGGCGGCGGACUUCCCGCGCUUAUAAUCGCCGGUGCUCUGUCGCAGUACGCCAUCUUCCGCGACGAUCUCGUGCGGAGGGCCUUCGCCGCCGCCGAGGCGGCCCACCGCGGACAGGUGCGCGCGAGCGGCGAUCCCUACCUGGAGCACUGCGUGGAGACGGCGGCGCUGCUUGCGGAGCUAGGCGCCGGCCCUGCCGUCGUCGCUGCCGGGCUGCUGCACGACACGGUCGACGACGCGGGCCUCGACUACGGUUUCAUCUCCGAGCAGUUCGGUGCUGAUGUUGCCGACCUUGUUAAGGGGGUUUCGAAUCUAAGUCAUUUCAGCAAACUGGCUCGUAGAAAUGAUACAGCCAGUAGAAUGGAUGAAGCUGACAGAUUACGUACAGUUUUCCUUGCAACGGAAGAUGCAAGAGCUGUGCUCAUUAAACUUGCUGACAGGCUACACAACAUGAGGACGCUCAAUUCUUUGCCCAGGAUCAAACGGCAGUGCUUUGCAAAGGAAACGCUGGAGAUAUUUGCUCCCUUGGCGAAUCAGUUGGGAAUCUUGAAUUGGAAGGAACAGCUUGAAAAUCUAUGCUUCAAGUAUCUUCACACAGAUAAAUUUGAUGAACUGUCAAGCAACCUUCUCGAAUUCUACAACAGAGAUAUGAUUACAGCUGCAACAAGGAGACUGGAACAAGCACUUGAGGUGAGAGGAUUAUCCUAUUAUGCGGUAUAUGGGAGGCACAAGAGCAUUUACAGCAUACACUGCAAGAUGGCAAGGAAGAAACUAGCCAUGGAUGAAAUUUAUGAUAUACAUGGGGUGCGUGUUAUAGUUGAGAACAGAUCUGAUUGUUUCGCCGCAUUAGAGCUUGUCCAUCACUUGUGGCCUCGAAUUCCCGGGAAGUUCAAAGACUAUAUCAGCAGCCCCAAAACAAAUGGGUACCAGUCCCUGCACACAGUUGUGCUCACUAAAGAAAUGCUCCCACUAGAAAUCCAGAUUCGCACUAGGGGCAUGCAUCUGCAGGCAGAGUUUGGAAUUGCUGCACAUUGGAGAUACAAGGAAGGUGUUCGGAGUUGCUCUUCAUCUGUUCCUGAAAUGGUUGAAUGGGUUAGAAGGGUGGUUACAUAUCAGUGUGAAACUUUGCACAUUGACCAUCCUUCAUCACUUGCACCUGACACUUCACCGAGCAACAUACACACGAUUAGGUCACACUCUGAUGUCUGUCCGUUCUCCUAUUCAAAACAAUGUGGCCACAGUGGACCAGUUCUAGUAAUACUUCUAGAAAAUGAAAAGAUGUCAGUGCAAGAACUCCCCCAAAAUUCAACGAUAUUGGACCUACUUAUGAGAUCUUCUAAGCACCCCAUGCCAUUCAGGCUGAGGCUGAACUGCCAAGCCGUCCACAACUGGAACCAAGAGCUAAAAAUGGGCGAUGUUCUUGAACUGGUUCCUUCAACUCCAUGCAAACCUGGAGGUUAUACGAGGGAGUUCCAACAAAUGUUUGAUCACCGUCUUGACAGCCGUAGAUUAAUGCCUUGUAAAUACAUGACGUGACACCUCUUGUAAAUCAUCUCAAGUUUAGCUUCUCCUGCGCUGACAACAUAGAGACGUGAAGGAGUCAAGAAACAUAAUGCUCUUUUCAAAAAAGAAAAGGAACGUUUAGGAAGUUUA